AGCGGAACUACUGGGGCUGGUCACUCGCCAGCGGAGGAAGUCUUGGGGGAGCGUUUCCGGGGUCGUUGGCGCCAUGCGGCUGUCCGUACGAGCGCUGUGCAACGCAGCCCGGGUCUCCUGGCGGGAGAACUUCCCCCUGAGCGGUCGCGAUGUGGCACGCUGGUUCCCGGGCCACAUGGCCAAGGGGCUGAAGAAGAUGCAGAGUAGUCUGAAGCUGGUGGACUGUAUCAUCGAGGUCCAUGAUGCCCGGAUCCCACUUUCGGGCCGCAACCCUCUGUUUAAAGAAACCCUUGGACUUCGGCCGCACUUGCUUGUCCUCAAUAAAAUGGACUUGGCAGAUCUUACAGAGCAGCAGAAAAUUUUGCAGCACUUAGAAGAAGAAGGCCUAAAAAAUGUCAUUUUUACCAACUGUGUAAAGGAUGAAAAUGUCAAGCAGGUCAUCCCAAUGGUCACGGAAUUGAUUGAAAGCAGCCACCGUUACCACCGGGGAGAGAAUCUGGACUACUGCAUCAUGGUGGUUGGGGUCCCCAACGUGGGCAAAUCCUCCCUCAUCAACUCCCUCAGGAGGCAGCACCUCAGGAAAGGAAAAGCUACCAGGGUGGGCGGUGAACCUGGGAUUACCCGAGCUGUGAUGUCAAGAAUUCAGGUGUGUGAGCGGCCACUGAUAUCAAAAACUCCUGGGGUGCUGGCUCCUCGGAUUGAAAGUGUGGAGACAGGCCUGAAGCUGGCCCUGUGUGGGACUGUGUUGGACCACCUGGUAGGGGAGGAGACCAUGGCUGACUACCUUCUCUAUACCCUCAACAAGCAGCAGCUCUUUAGGUACGUGCAGCACUAUGGCUUGGCUGGUGCCUGUGAUGAUAUAGAGCGUGUGCUGAAGAGUGUUGCUGUGAAGCUGGGGAAGACGUAUAAGGUGAAGGUGCUCACAGGCACAGGUAAUGUGAACGUCAUUCAGCCCAACUACCCUGCGGCUGCCCAAGACUUCCUCCGGACCUUCCGUAGUGGGUUGCUGGGCCCUGUGAUGCUGGACAGUGACAUCUUGCAGAGCCACUCCCGUGCCAAGGUGGACCCCUAACCUGGUCUAGGCAGUCAGGGCAGCAGAAGCAUGUGGCCUCCCAGACCUUCACAGUGUGGUGUUACUGUUUUCCAAAAGCUUCACAUUACUACAACCUAGGUCCCUGCUUUAGGAAGGGACACUGCAUUCUCCCACCUUACCACAACUUGGUUAGCUCCAGGGGAAUGUCGGUGGGAUGCCUGGCUUAUCAAGAAGGUUCCUGCUCAGUAUUUGUUUUGUCUUUUUUAAUUUGCCAGAGGUAUGUGUGUGCUCACUGGAGAAGACAAAGCGAGACACAUCCCGCUUGGGUGCAACCCUGUAUCUGUUUUCCUUCCUUCUGGGGUUUUAGUCAUUAUAUACAUGUACCCAGUGUGUUUUUCAAGCUACCAGGUCUGGAACUUGAACUGUGAGGUAGGCCAUGUGAAAUCCAGCCGUCCACCAUGUGAAAUCCAUUGCACUACCAACAGACCUGCUGCUCAGUAUUUCUUAUGGAAAGGUUACAUCUCCGAAGGAGUUAAAGUUAUAUAUAAUCUGCAACUUUUAAGCUCUUGAAUUAAAAGGCCUAUCUUUUGUUGGCUUAUUCAUUGUA